GAUGGCACAGGCUCCCAUGUCAUGUGACUGUUUUGUUUCGUUACCCCCCGGUUCUCGCGAUGACCACGUGAUUUUUGGGAAGAACUCAGACCGUCCCCGAGAUGAGGUGCAGGAGGUGGUCUACCACCCUGCAGCGUCUCAUCCUCCAGGAUCCACGCUGGAGUGCACGUACAUCCAGAUUCCUCAAGUGGAGAGGACCUAUGCCGUCGUCCUCAGUAAACCAGCCUGGCUGUGGGGCGCCGAAAUGGGAGCUAAUGACCAAGGAGUGUGCAUUGGGAAUGAGGCAGUCUGGACCCGAGAGGCUGUGGUCCCUGGAGAAGCUUUGCUGGGCAUGGUCCUUGUCCGGCUCGGGCUGGAACGUGGUGACAGUGCCUGGGCAGCACUGACAGCCAUCACUGGCCUCUUGGAGCAGCAUGGCCAGGGCGGGCAGUGCAAGGAGGAACCAGAACCCUUUAGCUACCACAACACCUUCCUCCUGGUGGACCGCAGUGAAGCCUGGGUACUCGAAACCGCUGGGAGACUCUGGGUGGCACAGAAAGUCUCAGAGGGCGUAAAGAACAUUUCCAAUCAAUUAACCAUCCACACCGAGAUCUCAGCAGAGCAUCCAGAGCUACGAAGCGUGGCCAAGAACCAGGGGUGGUGGGAUGGCCAGGGAGAGUUCAACUUCUCUCAGGUGUUUAGUCCUGAAAACCCUCCAGCCAGGAUGGAGCUGGCCAAGAAGCGCUACAAGGGAGGCACAGAACUGCUUCAACAGCACGAUGGCUCAGUGACAGCGGAGGUCAUGAUGACCAUUCUGAGGGAUAAACCCAGUGGCAUCUGCAUGGACUCUGGAGGAUUUUGCACCACAGGGAGCAUGGUGUCUGUCCUGCCCAGAGACACUAGCCUUCCCUGCAUUCACUUCUUCACUGCCACCCCAGACCCAUCCAGGUCUAUAUUCAAGCCUUUUAUAUUCUCUGACUGUCUGACCCCGGUCCUGAGGGUGGUCUCUCCGCAGUUCGGACCAAGCGACCCCGUCAGGAAGCAGCCGCGCUUUCAGAGCCGGGUGGAUCGCAGACACGAUCUCUACAAGGCCCACCAGGUGGCGCUCAACACCAUGGAGACCAAACCGGAUGAAGGUUUAGCCGUCUACGACAUCCUGAGGGAUCUGGAGUCGCAGUGUCUGAGUGAGAUCUCAGCCAUGCUCAGCGGAGAGAUACCAGGAGAUGAACUGGGGGACCUGUUCUUUGAUUGUGUGGACACAGAGAUUAAGUUCUACCAGUGAGAAGGUGGGAGGCAUCAAGAGCUCUUUUAAGUGUUGAAUCUUGUGCACGAAUGACUAAUUUGGUUUGGUAUUCACAAAGUUAAACAUUCAAGGUAAUAUUUUUGUUGCACGGUAAAGAAUAUUCAAAUCUCUGACAAUAAAUUUCCUUGCGUAGGUUUACUAAUUAUUAGUAAUUAUUUUCCAAAGGAAGGAGGAGCUAAUCUGGGCAUGGCUGUUGUCUUUUAUGCUUUAGCAGCUUACCUGCUUUAACACAUAAACAAAAGCCGCUGGUUAGAUCAGGUAAGAAUGGCUUGGGAUCUCUGACGACAUCUUUAGGGAUGGUUGGUUGGUGUGGUGUUCUUUUUGUGGCGGUUUGGUCUAUGUCUGAACAUGAUGGGUUCUCAGCCUGUGCCUAAGCUGAGCUAUGGUGGGAAUCCCUAAUAUUGCUCACAAGAGAAAAUGGUACCGUGCUCUCCCUCCCUUGGUCAUUCUGGGAUCCUGUAGGGUGGUGAGGGGGUUGCUGGUGGCUUGUGCAGGAGCCUGGCUGCCAGUGGAGUGGGGAUCCAGUCUUGUUCACUGUGGGACAUGGAAGUGAUGCUGAGGCAGGGGUUCAGUACAUUCCUUGUCUAUCUGUGCCUCUUUGGUCUGUGGGAUGAUUCUCCUGUGUGUCACUGACAACCUGCCUUUGUGAUGGCUGUAUGACUGCUCUUAGUUGGUGUCUUUUUGCAAUUUGCCCUUUUCUGGUCUUUACCUCUGAGUGUUGCAAGCUUUCCACCCUUUGCACCAUUCUAGCAACUUUUCACCUUUGGGAGAUUUUCAUACACACAACUGCUCAACACAGACACGCAGCUACACACCUACUCGUACACAAAUAAUCCAAAUGAUUGAAGGUCAUACAAUCACAGGCUCUUGUUCCAUCAAAGUGGCUUGUCUACUUUGAUGCAAUUGAAUUAAAUCAAUCUUGCAAUUAGAAUACAAUAUUGAGAUAUACGUUUUGCAGCAUAAAAUUACCUUGGUGCAUUUAGGCAACAAUCCCCACACCAGACUGUAGAGAUGUUUCCACUAGUGUGACUUGUGAAUUUUAUUUGUGUAUCAAAAUUAUUUUCAUUCUUUGUUCUUCGUAGAAUGUCACCUUUGACUUUUUGUUUCUCAUAGCCAUAUUCUCUUCUCCCCCUUAUUAACACAAUCUAAAAUGGGAUCCAAAUGGACAUGUAUGUGUGUAAUAAACUCUGCCAUAACCAUUUGUAUAUCAAUAUCAGCAAAUGCCAGAUUGUUAGCAAGUUUUCUUCAGUGCAGAACUUUUGUCAACUUUCUACUUCUGACCACUAGGGUGUGUUCAUGGUUUUGUCCUUUGUUACAGCUCCCUCAAGUGGACACCCUCCAGCACUCAUGGCGUGGCAGGAUAUGGCCCUGGGACUAUUAAAAAGAAAAAUCUC